AUGGAGGGUGCCGAUACGGACUGGGCGUAUAUGGAUGGCAAUCUCAACCGGCGCGGUUCCUCUUACGUGUUUAUCGGCGUCCCUGAUGGUGAAGGGGAGAGAGUCAGGGUCGGUAGCCAGGAUAUCCUCGAUUUCUUGGGCAUAGCGAUCAAUGAGGCCCGGAACGGGGGUCUUACAUGCCACACGAUCCUUGGGCAAGCUUGUACGACGUGGAACUCUUGGAGCGUUGAGGUCGAGUUUAGGCUCGCACCUUACGAACCGAGGCAGUGA